UCUUCUCUUGUUCAUCUUUUUUUCUUCUUCUUUACCGUAGGCCUUAUAAAGCACCCUUUCUUCUUCGCGCCGACGUUUUCUAAUUAUCUUCUGUUUCCGAGUUCUCAUUUCCUCGAAAUACGGCGGAGUCGAGUGAGUAAUUAGACGAAGGAAGCUAAGUAAACAAAUGAAUUCAGAAUGAUUAAUUAACUCGGAGAAGUAUUUUAUUGGUUUACUAACAGGACUCAAGGUGGUUAACAUGGCGGAAAUCUGCUGCGGAGUGGUUGGUGAGAGUGACGUGUCAUCGCCGUGCGACUCGAGUUCGCGAGCGGCGAGGAGGCGGAGGAUGGAAAUCCGACGGUUCAAGUUCGUCACCGGGGUGGCUCCAUCGGAACAGUCGAUAGAAGAAAAUAAUCCGAAGCGCCAGAAGUUGCAGGUCGACGACGCCGCUAUGUCGUUGUCUGGAAGGGAGUGCGAGAACGCGGUGGAGAACUGUGAGAGUCUGUCUGCAGAAUUAGCCGAAGAGGUCUUGGGUUCCAGCACCGGUUCUCAUCAUCCUCGUCCAUUAAAUCCCAAAGGGGAUGCGGGUGUGUACCUGAAAUACGGCGUCGCUUCGGUGUGCGGGAGGAGGAGGGACAUGGAAGACGCUGUUGCAAUUCAUCCUUCAUUUUCCCGGCGAGACGAAGAUUGUGAGUUGCACUAUUUUGGAGUUUACGACGGGCAUGGUUGCUCUCACGUGGCCGUCAAGUGUAGGGAGCGGCUGCACGAGUUGGUAAAGGAGGAACUGCUGAAGAAGGGCGAGGAAGAUGAAGAAGUAGAGUGGAAGUCUGUCAUGGAGAGGAGCUUCGCGCGCAUGGAUAAGGAAGUGGUGGCAUGGGACGACGACGCACGGGCUGGUGCUAACUGCAGAUGCGAACUCCAGACGCCGGAAUGCGACGCUGUUGGAUCAACCGCCGUUGUGGCGAUAAUUACGCCGGACAAAAUCAUCGUUGCCAAUUGCGGAGAUUCAAGAGCUGUUCUGUGCCGUAACGCCAGAGCCAUCCCCCUAUCCUCGGAUCACAAGCCGGACCGUCCAGACGAGCUGAACCGGAUCCAAACCGCCGGCGGACGAGUCAUUUAUUGGGAUGGUCCACGCGUCCUCGGUGUUCUCGCCAUGUCAAGAGCCAUUGGUGACAAUUACUUGAAACCUUACGUGAUCUGCGACCCGGAGGUGACUGUGAUGGAUCGGACCGCGGAGGACGAGUGUUUGAUACUGGCGAGCGAUGGCCUGUGGGACGUGGUGUCCAACGAGAUGGCGUGCCGGGUGGCGAGCAAAUGUCUGAGAGUUAUGUCUCAGUCGCCGGAGGCCUCGGCGGAAUCCAGCAGCAGACGGGAAGAAUUGGGGGACGGCACGUGUACGGACGCGUCCACGUUACUGACAAAACUCGCGUUGGCCAAGCAGAGCGCCGACAAUGUCAGUGUUGUCGUGGUGGAUCUCAGGAGAGACUCGUGGCUUGACGGAUAAUGUUAUUUUAUUUUUUAAAUAUUUUAUUUUAUUUUUGCUCUCUCUCUUUUAUUUUAUUUAUUUAUUUUUCUUUUUUUUUUUUUUGGGGGUUUGCACGUUAAGAUGGAGUUUAAUGAGGGUGAGUUAGAAGUAGAGUGAGAGUUGUUUGGUUGGUGAGAAAAUGAUGAGGAGAAAAAAGAGGUGAAAUGGAAAAAAGAAAAAAAGAAAAGCAAAAAGAAAAUUGGAAGGUAGAGAAGGAGACUCCCAAGUAGGUUCUGAGUCCGUGAGUUUUUGUCCAUUUGGAAUGAAAAUAUCCUUUGCCUAAAAUGGUAGCUACAUUUCUUUACUCAAGUGAAACAUUUAUACCAAGACAAAUUUCUUGGGUCAUAUAUAUUCAUCUAUAUGUAUAUAAACCAUAUAUUGGCUGCAAAAUGAAAACCCUAUUUUUA